UAUUUAUUCUGAUUUUGCAUUUCUUUAAUAUUACUGAAAGACAAAAAAUAACAUUUGGAUGCCAUUAUGACAAUUUAACCUUUAAUUUACUCCUUUAAUAAACUCUUUAAAUCCUUGUUGUUUCAGUGCAAUAUGUCACAGUUUGGUUUAGUUUCAAAAGAUAUAUUAAUUUCUACCAGGCCCUCAAUUAGAGCUUUAUAUCAAAGUAGGCACAAGACUACCCAUUUUGGAUAUCAAGAUGUGUCUGAAGAGGAAAAAUCUGAAAAAGUUCGUGAAGUGUUUGCAUCUGUUGCUGCAAAAUAUGACCUGAUGAACGACCUCAUGUCUGGUGGCAUCCAUCGCCUGUGGAAGGACUAUUUUGUUAAGCAAGUGGCGCCCGUGCCCCAGGCUAAGCUUCUAGAUGUGGCUGGUGGCACAGGUAACCACUCCCUGCAGCAACAACUGUGGAACCAGAUUGAGCCUGUUGACCCACAAGAGACUGAGACAGCUUGGUAUGGUCACCUGAGCAGCUGCCUUGGGAUUGAGGAACAUCAACUGGGAUUGCCACAAUGUAACAAUAUUUUAUUUCAGAAAACGUUUGCGCUGAUGAUUGAAGACGCUGGGUUCCGACGUGUUCGUUACGAAGAUCUCACAUUCGGCAUUACGGCUAUACACUCUGGCUAUAAAUUAUGAGCCAAUCUCACUACACGUUAGUUAUUUACAAUUGUGUAAUUAUUUAUUUAUUAUGUUGCCUGAAGUUAAGUUCCAACCUUUAAUGAAUCAAUUUAAUAAUCCCCUUGUUAUGUUAUUGUAA